GGGCGGGAGCGGAAGCGCAGGCCGCAGGCGCUGGGAGUGAGUGAGUGAGUGAGUCCGGGGCCCGCGGCCGGGAUCGGGACCCGCACAUCGGCGCCAUGGGGAACCGGGGCAUGGAGGACCUGAUCCCGCUCGUCAACAAGCUACAGGAUGCCUUCAGCUCCAUCGGCCAGAGCUGCAACCUCGACCUGCCGCAGAUCGCCGUAGUGGGCGGCCAGAGCGCCGGCAAGAGCUCGGUGCUGGAGAACUGGAGAAGGGAUUUCCUUCCUCGUGGCUCAGGGAUUGUCACCCGCCGACCACUCAUUCUGCAGCUGAUCAAUGCAAAAACAGAACAUGCUGAGUUCCUGCACUUGAAGGGGAAGAAGUUUACAGACUUCGAUGAGGUUCGACAAGAAAUCGAAAUUGAGACGGACAGGAUCACCGGGAGCAAUAAAGGGAUCUCGGCAGUUCCCAUUAACUUGAGGGUGUAUUCGCCAAAUGUUUUGAACUUGACGUUGAUCGAUUUACCGGGUAUCACCAAGGUGCCAGUAGGUGACCAGCCGGCCGAUAUCGAGAAUCAGAUCAAGGAAAUGAUCAUGCAGUUCAUCAGCAAGGAGAACUGCCUCAUCUUGGCCGUCACGCCAGCCAACUCUGACCUUGCCAAUUCCGAUGCGCUGAAGAUUGCAAAGGACGUGGAUCCUCAAGGUUUGAGGAUCAUCGGUGUGAUCACCAAGCUGGAUCUGAUGGAUGAGGGGACAGACGCAAAGGACAUCCUAGAAAACCGACUGCUGCCUCUCCGGAGGGGUUACAUUGGUGUGGUAAACAGAAGCCAGAAAGACAUUGAUGGGAAGAAAGAUAUUCGUGCAGCCCUUGCAGCUGAGAGGAAGUUUUUCCUAUCACACCCCUCAUACAGGCAUAUGGCUGAUCGCAUGGGAACUCCGCAUUUGCAGAAGAUAUUGAACCAGCAACUGACAAACCACAUCCGUGAAACCUUGCCCGCCUUACGGAACAAGCUGCAGAGCCAGAUGCUGUCCCUGGAGAAGGAGGUAGAAGAGUACAAAAACUUCCGGCCAGAUGAUCCCACAAGGAAAACCAAAGCACUCCUCCAGAUGGUGCAACAGUUUGGGGUAGAUUUUGAGAAGAGAAUUGAGGGCUCUGGGGACCAGGUGGACACAGUCGAGCUGUCUGGUGGUGCGAGGAUUAAUCGCAUUUUCCAUGAGCGGUUCCCAUUCGAGCUCGUGAAGAUGGAGUUCGAUGAGAAGGAGCUGAGAAGAGAGAUUAGCUAUGCAAUCAAAAACAUCCAUGGUGUUAGAACGGGGCUCUUCACCCCGGACUUGGCGUUUGAAGCCAUUGUGAAAAAGCAGGUGGUGAAGCUGAAAUCUCCGUGUUUGAAGUGUGUGGACAUGGUUAUCCAAGAGUUGGUUAACACAGUCAGACAGUGCACGCUGAAGCUCAACUCCUUUCCCAGGUUGCGAGAAGAGACGGAAAGAAUUGUAACCACUCAUGUCCGAGACCGGGAUGGGAAAACCAAGGAGCAGAUACUUCUGUUGAUUGACAUCGAACUGUCCUACAUCAACACAAACCAUGAGGACUUUAUCGGAUUUGCCAAUGCACAACAAAGGAGCAGUCAGUUAACAAAGAAACGGGCCGUUCCCAAUCAGGGUGAGAUCUUGGUUAUCCGCAGGGGCUGGAUCACCAUCAGCAACAUCAGCCUCAUGAAGGGCGGCUCGAAAGAGUACUGGUUUGUUCUGACCGCAGAGUCACUCUCCUGGUACAAGGACGAUGAGGAGAAAGAGAAGAAGUACAUGUUGCCGCUCGACAACCUGAAGCUGAAGGAUGUGGAGAAGGGGUUCAUGUCCACCAAGCACAUCUUUGCACUCUUCAACACAGAGCACAGGAAUGUUUAUAAAGACUACCGGCAGAUCGAGCUGGCCUGCGAGUCCCAGGAGGAUGUGGACAGUUGGAAAGCUUCUUUCCUGAGGGCUGGUGUCUACCCAGAGAGGGAGAAUGCAGAGAGCGAGGAGACUGGAAGCACCUCAGAUUCGUUUUCGAUGGACCCGCAGCUGGAGCGACAGGUGGAGACGAUUCGCAACCUGGUGGAUUCCUACAUGGGCAUUGUCAAUAAGUCGGUCCGGGACCUGAUGCCAAAGACCAUCAUGCACCUCAUGAUCAACAAUACCAAGGACUUUAUCCUGGCGGAGCUGCUGGCUUACCUGUACUCGUCUACGGACCAAAACAGCUUAAUGGAGGAAUCGGCGGAGCAGGCUCAGCGACGGGACGAGAUGCUGCGAAUGUAUCACGCCAUCAAAGAGGCCCUGCACAUCAUCGGGGACAUCAGCACCAGCACCAUCAGUGCCCCCUUGCCCCCGCCCGUGGACGAUUCCUGGCUGGCCACUCAGUCUGGGGGACACAGCCCGAGACCCCAACGCCGGCCGCACUCUGCGAUGGGACCGCCCAGCCGACCUCCAGGGGUACGAGGACCAACUCCGGGACCCCCAUUGAUUGCCGUCCCAGCGCAGCCGUUUGGAGCUCCUCCCAUCCCGUCAAGACCUAUGCCCACCAACGAUGCCUUUGGGGCCCCUCCCCAGAUCCCCUCCCGGCCAGCACGGAUUCCACCCGGACCACCGGGGCUGCCCAGCAGAAGACCGCCAGCUGCUCCGAACCGGCCCACUAUUAUCCGGGCAUCUGAGCAAUCCCUACUGGAUUAAACAGUGGGAUUUAUCCUGUGAAGCAUUUUCUUGUAGGCUAUAGUUGAUUAGCCCUACCUUUGCCUAUUUGACCGCUGAGGGGCAUUAGCGGUGUGAAGCACAGGAACCACAGGGCUGCGUUUUCCCAAGUGUAAUCCCGACAUCUUGCCUUUUCACUCAAGCUGGAAGCACUAAGAAGAUCUUAACUGAACUUUAUUUAAACAAAGAUUUACCUCUUGGUUUUGUUUCCCUGAACACCAGACUCUCGGACACGAUAUCUCUUGCUCGUUGCUCCACUGAUCUGCCCUGUUGAGAAACUUUGCACUUGCCAAAUAAGCAGCUAAAUUGUUUUAUGCCUUUUCCCGCUUCCUGGUUGACGGUGCCACUGUAUGUGAAUGGGUUGUAACCACACAACGUCUGGUGUCUGGGCAUCUUUUGUGUUGCUACUGCCUCCCAAACUUCAAGCCAGUAGCCCAGGAACCUUGCUCCAUUCCACUGCUGCCUGGAGUAAUGGGAGCUUCCACUGUUCCAGCAUCCUGACUUGAGAUUUGUGGCGUUUAAUGAUCCCGCAAAAACGGAUUUGGGAUCGUGAAUGCCAUGACAUUUGAGCAGUCAGCAAGUGGGAAUUGUGCAAGAUGAAUUGAGGGGAUACAGCAGUAACCUACCCCUUGGACACGGGAGGGGGGUGGGAGGUGGGUUGAAGGGACGGUGUGUGAAGCGGUGCAGGUAAUGUAUCAAUGAGUGAGAUCUCUGACUGAGGAUGAUGCUAGAGGGGGUUGUGCCGGCAGCAAUGCUGAGAGUCCGUGCACAGACUGCUGCAAGCAGAGGUCCACCAGUGGCUGGUUGCUGUGUUCUCUUGGCAGAGAAUCAGUCAGUGCCAUCUAACUUCCAAUUUAAUCUCAGAUUCCAGGGUUUGAAGGAGCCAAGGUUCAUGGACCCAAGGUCAUGUGGAUGAGUGUGGAGUUGUCCUCCUACUUCCUCCGGGAUCUACCUUUGUGCCUCAUUUAUUUCUAGUUAACUACUAGCUGAGAAAGGGCUUGACGGAUGGCCCUGAUGCCUCAUGUUAAACCCAUCCCGUAACGCUCCUUUUAGCUGUUUCAAGUAGAGUUCAUGUCAGCUUUACUUGAGCUGAAUAUCAUGCUGGAAUAAGAUGUCCACACUCUAGGUGGGACUGGUUAGACCCUUAAUACUAAUUAACCUGCUCUAUAUCUGAGCUUUGUCCCAGUUGGAAUCCAUUUUGCUGAGUAUUUUCACGUAUAAAUUCUUGUUGUAAAUAACCCGUUCAUUGAUUGUGACAAUAUUCAGCUAAGGGGGCAGUGUUGUCGGUUGUCUGUCCCAUCAGCUACUGCUACACAAAACCUAUUCCCCUAUUACAAACUGGGCAUUAACUUCUAACCUACGACAUUCUCUGUGCAAAGGAAGUUUACUCUGGUCGUUACAAAGUACAAGUCAUCGAAAUAGGCCACAAACAAAAAUCAGGAACCGUGUAAGAUUAGAGCUUCCUCGAGACUGUAAUCGGAUUUUCUCUCUCUCCUUAUCCUCCCCACUCACCACCCGAACACCCUCAAACUCAAAGUCCAUGGUAAGGUUAUCCAAAGCAGAAUGGAAUAGCAUUUGAGAGUCCUCUGUGCAUUCGAUGGGAGUGGGUUCAAAGCAAGGUUCACCUAAUCCUACCCUAGAAAUUGUUUUUUCAGAUGUCCUGCAGUCCUGACUUGGUGGGAGCAGUUUUAUAUAAAAUAUAUAUAUUAGUUAUUGAAUCAAAACUAAUUUCUCUCACUUUUAGAGGGAGAAUUUGCUGGGUCUAAUCCUUGAAACUUUAUCACUUUUGCAAUAAAGAGAAUGCCACUGGAGUGUGGAGCAAGGGGUUCCACAACGUUUCCGGGAGUUUUAGCACCAAACUCCUGAUGGUUUUUGUAAUAUAAAUGGCAAAAUCUGAUCAGCGACCUUUCUAUUCUAAUUUCUAGAAGAAAAAAAUAACUGAAUUAAUUAACUGUUUUACAAAAUAGUGACAGAUCUUUUCCGGUGAUUAUUUCAUCAAAUGUUCGGAUCGGGGUUUUGUUUCAUUUCACAGAAACCCAAGAAUGUUUCCUCUUCUGCUGCUGUGUGAUUCUAUUGACUGUUAACUGAUUUGAAAUGAAGUGCCUGCAUUCUGUACGGUAAUUAAUUGAAAUAAAGGGAUCGACAGUAGAAGGAG